AUGAAGGAGCACUGCACGCUGCGCGAGUUCAGCGGGUCUCUGGGCGACUUGGGCACGCUGAUUCCCAUUCUCAUAUCCCUGACGGUGCAGGGGUCGGCUAGCCUGACAUCAUCGCUGUUCUUUGGCGGGCUGUACAAUAUCCUGACCGGGUUCUUCUACGGCGUGCCCAUGUGUGUGCAGCCAAUGAAGUCAAUUGCAGCCAUCGCCCUCACCAACAAGUUUACGCCUGGCGAGCUGGCGGGUGCCGGGCUGGGUGUCUCUGCGAUUGUCAUGUUCCUGGGGCUAUCGCGGCUGCUCUGGCUGGUGACUCGGUUUGUGCCCCUGCCAGUCGUCAAGGGUCUGCAGCUGGGCGCAGCCCUGCAGCUGUGCAAGAAGGGCAUCGACGCGAUCAAGACCAAUGCGUCGUUCUGGGGCGACAGCCUGAUCUGGAGCGACAACCUGUGGUGGGCAACGGCGUCGUUUUUGCUGGUCCUGUUUGUGUAUGAGCGGCGUCGCGUGCCCACGGCCAUGGUUAUCUUCAUGCUGGGCCUGAUCUUUGCGCUGGUGCAGACAGGCACGCACCACCAGUAUGACAAGGUGCACCCAGGCGCCCAUUUUGUCCACGCUGUGGUGCCAACAGCGAAGGAGUUCAAGACAGGCUUUUUGAGCGCCGGUCUGGGCCAGCUGCCUUUGACGCUGCUGAACUCGGUCAUCGCCCUGGCAGCUCUGGCGCGCGAGCUGUUCCCCGGCUACGAUCCGUCAGUGGUCCACAUCAGCUCGACCAUUGGCGCCAUGAACAUCGUCGGGUGCUUCCUGGGCUCGAUGCCGUUCUGCCACGGCAGCGGUGGCCUGGCGGGCCAGUACUUCUUUGGAGCACGGACGGAGCUGUCCCUGUACUUUUUGGGCCUGGUCAAGAUCAUCCUGGGAGUGGUGUUUGGCGAGUCGCUGCUGACAAUUCUCAAGUGGUUCCCAAAGUCGCUGCUGGGCGUGAUGCUGUUCACAGCGUCGAUCGAGCUGGGGCUGGUGGCCCGCAACUUCACACACUACCCGCACGACGAGAAGCGCAGGAAGCGCGAUUUCGUUGUCGUGCUGUCAACCACGGCUGCGCUGGUUGGGUUCUCCAACGACGGGCUCGGAUUCCUGGUCGGCAUGGCCACGGCUCUGGCCACGCUGCUGCCCACCAACAGCGAGAGCGAUGUCAACUCGCCGUCGCGUGCUACGGGCUCGCCGGUGCUGAAGCCUGCCAGCGGCGCUGCCACCGACAGCGAUUUUGGCCAAGGCCUUGGCGAGUCGCAGCGGCUUGAGGCAGCCAAGCGUGCGAUGGAUAACUGCUGUUGA